AUGGGUGGGGAGAUGUGGGGCAUCAGAAUAGCUGUGCUGCUGCUGAAUGUGGGGCAGGCUCCGAUUUGCUCCUUCCAGGUUCAAAAUAAUAUCACCUUGAUGCCAGAUUUCAAUAUCUCUCAGGCUAAGGGGCCCUGGAAUUCCAUUAUCUGGGCGAUGAAUGAGAGACUGUCAGACCCGGACAGGGAAGAUGUCAAAGCAUCUUUGACAAUAUUCUCCCCUUUUGCUAAUGGGAACGUGAACCUGCAGACUACCAUCACUUUGUCAGAUGGAGUCUGUACAGAGGUAAAUGUCACAUAUACCCAUGGAAAUAAAUCUGGGCAAUACAAAAGUAAUGAUGGAAGCCCUUAUUAUUUCCAAGUGAUAGAUACCGACUAUGAAAACUAUGGCAUUAUUUACAUAGGAAAUAAUAAAAACAAGGAUGACUUCCACGUUAAACUCUAUGGCAGAACUAAAGUGGUGACUGAUGAAGUCUUGAAGAAAUUCCAAGAAGUCACAAGAUCCCUUGGAAUUCUAGGGGAGAAUCUUGUAGUUAAUGAAGAAAGAGAGUGGCCAGAGAGGGAGCACAAUAUAGACCCAAGACCUCUUGUGUCUGGAGAAGGAGUAGCUGCCAGAUGGUUUCCAAUGUUCCUCUUUCCCAUCCUUGGGAGGAUCGUGUUCUCCUUGCUUCAAGAGCUGCAGUUUUCCAUGCUGGAUAUAAUGAUUGGGAUGCCCCAACCUGAACCUUUGCUUAGGGGAUUUCUGAAUGCUUUGGGCAUUGCUCAUCAGGCACCCAAAGAACAUUACCCCUGUGAAAAGGAUUCAUUCACCAUGCCCUAUGGAGCAUAUGGAUGCCUUAAGGAGCAUCUGGAAAGGCUUUGCAUAGAAGUUUUUGGGAACAUCCUCUGUAUCAAGGGAACCAUUGUGUAA